AUGGCGUCGUGGCUUCUCCCCAUCGUGAGUUUGAUUUCACCAUCUGUUAUUGACGUGCAGAGGGGUUCUGAUCUCGGAUGGCGACUGGUUUUCCAUUUUACCUCAACAGCACAGUAUGGUCUUGCUGGUAACAUUACUGGUGUGGAUGAAGGUUGUCGGCUCGAAAUAUCUCCUGGGUCAUCAAAGUAUUGGUGGCCUCAAUGUGAUGAUGGGAGUAAGCCAGUCAUAGGCCAGACUUUUAGAACUCUUACGGAGGGUGAGGAAUUCUAUAUAAAGUAUGCUGCUCUGGUGGGGUUUGAUGUUAGGCUUGGUUCUUUGAAGAAGGAUAGGGGAGGGGUGGUGGUUUUGAGACAUUUACUUUGUAAUCGCGAGGGAUAUAAGCAGUUCAUGAAAGUGAACCGCAAACUUGAUUUUGGACAUCAGGCGUUCAUGGUUAAUUGCGCAAAGGCAAACGUGGGGACAAGCCAGGGUGUUAGGAUUUUAAAAGAGUUUGUGGGUGGGUAUGAAAAUGUUGGGGCAACUAGUGUUGAUUUCCAAAACUCAAAACGCGACCUCCGUGCGUAUAUUGAUGGGUGUGAUGCGCAAUAUUUUCUUGAUAAGUUGUCCAGAAAAAAUGACAAGUGUGCCGCGUUUUAUUAUAAGCAUGACAUUGAUGAGAACGACCAAUUACGACGUGUGUUCUGGGCUGAUCCGGUAGCUCGUCGCAACCACACGGUGUUUGGUGACAUUGUGUCCUUCGAUGCAACGUACUCAACAAAUAGGUACAAAAUGGUUUUCGUUCCCUUCACAGGUGUGGAUAACCACAAACGAUGCGUUACUUUUGGCGCCGCACUGAUCACCAAGGAAGACGUCGCGUCAUAUGUAUGGGUGCUCGAGUGUUACAAGGGGGCAAUGGGAGAUGCUCCAUCAUGUUUUGUCACAGACCAGGACCCGGCUAUGAGGAUUGCUCUAGAACAAGUUUACCCAGGUAGUCGGCACCGUUUUUGCAUGUGGCAUAUUAUGAUGAAGGUAGGUGAAAAGGUUGGCCCGGAGUUGGCUAAGGACACUGUCUUCCGGGGCAGGCUUAAUGAUGUGGUUUGGGAUGAAAUUCAACAGCCCGAUGUGUUUGAGACGAGGUGGCAAGCGUUGCUAGGUGAGUAUGGCUUGUUAGAUCAUAAUUGGUUCACACAGUUGUGGGAGGCACGACGUUAUUGGAUCCCCGCGUAUUUCAAGGAUAUGCUACUUUGUGGGCUAGUUAGAACCACGUCCCGAUCUGAGGGUGAGAACAGUUUCUUUGGAAGGUAUUUAACCCAUACAGCCAGUUUGGUAGAGUUUUACAGUCACUUUGAAUCUGCAGUAGAUGCUCAACGGCAGAUCCAUACCACGCUUAAUGCAGUUUGCGAAGGACAUUUUGCUCCGACAAAAACGGACUUGAAAAUGGAACGCCAUGCGUUGGCCCUGUACACCGUCACAAUUUUCCAUGAGGUACAAGCAGAAAUUUAUGCAGGGUGUUAUUCGUGUGGGGUAGUGUCCGUAGAACUAGCUGGUGAUAUCAUCAAUUACGGCAUAAAAGACGGUGACAAACAGCAGCACCAGGUGCACUACAACUCCACCGACAAUAGUGCAAUGUGCACGUGCUCACUUUUCCAAAGGUUGGGAUGGCUGUGCCGCCACAUUUUCAUAGUCUUCAAAAACAACAACGUAGACAACAUCCCAUCAAGAUACAUAGUAGACCGCUGGACACGCAAGGUUUGUUUGCGUGCCGAGUUUCAGAUUGAUGGCCUUACUAUUCACUCAAAUGUUAACGACGAUGAAUCCAAGACUCAGGAGAACAGGAUGUGGGCAGAGAUCUUUGCAUGCGUGGGGUUGGCAAUUAACAGCUCAGAACGUGUUGAACGGUUAACCCAAGUGAUCCACCAGCUGAAGGAUUCUUUCGAAGGGGAAACGAAUUGCCCGGUAAACCACAAAAAAAAUAAUCCCAUGAUUCAAGCAUAUUGUGGGUCGGUACCGUCUUUGGCAGUGACAGUCAAGCCGCCAAUUGUUGCAAAAAACAAAGGCAGUGGAAAAAGAAUCAAGGGGAAAAGGGAAAAAGCCAUUGAGCAGUCUUUGAAAGGGGUUAGGAAAUGUCACGGGUGUGGCAAAUACGGGGGGCACAAUAGUCGCACUUGUGAAGUCCUUCGAGCAACACGUAUGGGGGUGGGGGUUGAAGGCCUGUGA